AAUGACUUUAAAAACAUAACCUCACUUUCACAAAUCACAACACGUGUGUUUUGAUUUUCAUUCUCUGAGAAAUUCUAUAAAAUUUCCCAGGAAAAUCAUGGAGAAAUAUGCCGUUUCAAACAAAUUGCCUGCAAAACAAAUUUCCAUCCUUGCACGACGUCGUGCAAGGAUAUCAAAGGACAAAAAUCUUGCAAAACUCCGUCAGGAUACCCGGAGAAAAAUCAUGCAGAAGAAACCAUGGAAUUUCAAGAAGCCCGAAGCAUUCAUCAUGCAGUACAUAAGGGCAGAGAGAGAUCAUAAGCGUAUUGAGAGGAGAUUUCUUCAUUCCAAACGCUUUGAGGUGGAACUUCCGGAAGCAAACAACGUCAUCUUGAUCAUGAGACACCGUACAAGGCAAACAGCAUCCAAGCAUCUUGAGAAAUUAAUGCAGAAUAUCCACUUAGAAACCCUCCACACUGCAGUCCUGGCGAAAGCCAAUGACCCCAAAUUGGGAGCAAUUCUAGCCAUAAUCGAGCCUUACGUCAUCUGGGGCACUCCUACCAUUCACACAGUAAGAAAUCUGAUAUUCAAAAAGGGAAAAUUGCUGGUCAAUGGAAAACUGGAGGAUAUCCAGUCCAAUACGAUGAUUGAGGAGGCUCUUGGGGAUUCAGGAAUCAUUUGCACGGAGGACAUAAUCCACGAAUUAUUCACUGCAGGAGAGAAUUUUGACAGGAUCAAUGCGAUUCUGAAACCCUUCCAUCUGAAAGCCCCUCGAGAUGGAUGGAAGAAAAAGCUUAAUAAAAGUUAUCAAAAUGGAGGAGAAUAUGGAAAUCGAGGAAAUGCUAUUAAUGAAUUAAUUGAUCAAUGUUUGUAAGGUUUAAUAAAAAAAAAAUCGUCAAUAUAAA